AUUUGAGGGUUUCACGAUCUCUCUCUGGCGGGGUUCUGUAGAGUAAGAGGUAAUGGUGCUGAGUGGCAGAGAAAGCUUGAUUCGGUUAAUCGGCAAGCGGCGGCGCUUCCUUCCCAAUCGCCAUUCUAUCCUCUCCGAUUCCAUUCCUAUCACUAACCCUAACCUUAUUCAGCCAUCGCAAUCACCACAACCAGAUAGUAAUAACCCCCAAAACGACGACGUAAAUUGCCCGGUUUGUGGCCGCAAACUUCCCGGGGAUAACCAACACAUCAACUCUCAUCUCGAUGCGUGUCUAUCAAAACAAAGAGGAGAAACAACAAAGCGAAAACUCACCCAACGCACUCUCCUUCAGUUAAACUUCACGCGCCCCCUAUCGAAGCCCAAAUUUGAGAAUCUCAGUAACGGUUACAAUGCUGUAUCACCCUGUGCUACGCCUCGGAAUGAUGAGUGUGAAAAAGAACUCAGUGGAAGUCGUGAGGUUGAUCUUGAUUCUACUAUUAGCAUCUCCUCAUCUUCCUUGCCCUUGAACAAUGGGGUACCUGAACUGGAUGACCCUGAUUUUGAAUGCAAAGACGAUGUACUCGGCGUGACGCUUGAAACGUUUAUCGUUGGUCGGAAAUAUACUGAUCGAGAGGAAAUAUGUGCUGGUGCUGCAAUCUCUCUUUUGCGGGAUCCUCAAAAUGUUAAGGAUCCCAAUGCCAUCAAGGUUGUUUCUGCAGAUUCUGCGAUGUGUAAGUUAUUAGGUUUUCUUCCCCGUGAGCUAGUGCAGUAUCUGUCUCCUCUUAUUGACAACUAUGGCCUUGAAUUUCAGGGACAUGUCUCUUCUGUUCCAAAACAUUCUCUUGAUGUUGUUCCAAUUCAGAUUAUGUGCCACAGAACAUCAGAUGGUGAAAGCAAGUAUGCAGAUCAGUCCUUUAAAUGCUUAUGGAAAAAUGUUCAGUGUGUUGUUGAAUUUGCAAUCAGAAAUCCUGUUUCAUCUGUAAAGUAUCAGUGGAAUUUUUGUCUUAUGUUACAAGAGGUGUUAAGAAAUAAUAUUCACCUUCUAACAGAAGAUGAAAAAACCUAUCUGGAUUCAUUCACUUUACUCUCAAAUGACAGUCAGAGGCUUUUUAUCCGGCUAUACACUAGAAAAGGACCUUGGUUUCGCAUGUCUAGUAUAUCCUAUCCUGAAAUAGUGGAUGCUCAAAAGGCAGUCAAGGGACUUGCUGAUAAAGAAUACAUAUGUUCUGUCGAAGAUGCCAAUCAACUGUGUGAAAGUGACAUGAAUGAUAUCUUGAAUGUCCUCACUGUCUUUGAGUUGCGUGAAAUCUGCUGCAUUUUGCUUAAGAAGAGUUGCAGUCACGGGAUGAAGAAGCAGCAUCUGAUUUCAUCUCUUCUUUCCAUAGAUGCUGGCGUACUAUGGUCACAACUAUCAACUUUGAUUUUAGAUAGAACUGGUUCUUGUAUUAGGAUUUCUUCAAAAGCUGAAUCUCUUGUGUGGCGUACUGAGAGACUUUUCUUCUUAAAUGGGGAACAGGAUCUCUCGUCCUUUCUACUUGUUGAUAUGGGUAAAAUCAAGUAUCCAACUUACACCCGCAUAAUAUCAGAGCCAAUUUUCUCAAAUCGCAGUGAUCUGCUCUCUUAUGAAGAGGCCAUUGAAUUGGCGCAAAUUAUGGAUGAAGCUCUUGAUGCAAACAAAACUGAUGUAGUAUUAAGGUGCAUAAAGAUUGCUGAAUCCUGUGUAUCUACAGAUUUGCCCAUCCAGUACUCAACUUCUGAAUCAGUAUCCUCUAUCCGUUACUUAUUUACAGCAUCAUGGGUAUACUCCAAAGUGCUCACAGUAGGGAUUUCCUUCCUUGAGCAAGAGCGCAGGUACACUGAUGCAGUUGACUUACUCAAGUUGCUGCUAAAUGUUUUCACUUCUGAUGUAAGAAGAGGAUAUUGGACACUGAGGUUAUCAGUUGAUUUGGAGCACCUGGGCUGCAUUGAUGAGAGCCUUAAAUUAGCUGAAGAUGGGUUGCUGAAUCCAUGGAUACGUGCUGGGUCAAGAAUGGCACUGCAAAGGCGGGUUCUUCGCUUAGGAAAACCCCCUAGGCGCUGGAAAGUUCCUAGUUUUUCUAGGUCUGCUCUGCGGAAGAUACCUGAGGUAUUUGUUCAAGGGAGACCGUUGAAUUCUGAGUUGGGAGCAAAGAACAGGUACUACAAUGAAGAGGGGAAGCAAUGUGGAGUGGAAGAGCUUGCCUUGCAGUAUUAUGCUGGGGAGGGAGGUGGAUGGCAAGGUGUUCAUGCAGAGAGUGGCAUAUGGUUAACCAUUUUUGGGCUUCUUAUGUGGGAUGUCAUAUAUGCUGACGUACCAAAUGUCUUCUAUACUAGAUUUCAGAAUGCUCCUUUGGAUUUGGGUACUGAUAGCUUUUAUUCAGUGAGAAAGAGUAGCAUAGAAUCACAUCUGCAGCAAAUUCGUGAUGGCAUGGCUGAGGAGUUUCUCAUUAGGUCAUGGGAAACACAUAUUGGAACAGCUUGUAGAGGAGUUAAUUGGGACUGCCAUUCUUUAGAUGAGCUACGAGCUGUUGUUACUUGUAUUGGGGGCUGUUGUUUGGCAUCUCUCUGCCAGCUUCUUGCUCAAGACUAUCGGAGCUGGUCCAGUGGGAUGCCGGAUUUACUGCUAUGGCGUUUCCACGGAUAUUACAGUGGUGAAGCAAAGCUUGUUGAAGUGAAAGGCCCCAGGGAUCGACUCUCUGAACAGCAGAGAGCUUGGCUAUUGCUGCUUAUGGAUUGUGGAUUUAUGAUUGAGGUUUGUAAAGUGAAAACUUUGUAGAGAUGUACACAAAUCAUUGCACGUUGCUUAAAAUUACAGAAGCACAUUGAAGAUUACUGCUCUGGCAAUUUUUUCAUUGCAAGAUUUCACUUUGCUUAAGUUCAUUAUUCAUUAACGAGCAUUAUUCCUGGAAAGUAAAGGAAGUGCUCCAUACCAAAGAUGAACUGCUCUAGACCGAAAGUAACGGAAGCUCUGCCGCAGGAAGAUGAAAGUCAAUGAAGUAAUGGACUUGAGGUUUCUGAUACAAUAUCUUCAUGUUACAAGUCUUACUCUUUUUUCCCCCUCAUCCAAUUAUUUAUUCCGAGCCUCCAUAAUAAAGUUUGAUUCGAUGUAUUGUAAAUUGGAUUCUAGUUGUCCAUAAAUGAAAUCGAGUAGUUGUUCUGAACUGGACCCAGGGAAAUGUGAGUGUAACAGUUUCAACUUUGUUUAUGCCUUUGUCAUGACUCAACUGAAUAUUUGACUUGCACUG